AUGAACAUUUUUCGAGCCGUACAUGUCAAGCUUAUAGCAAGAGACUUCCUCUCCCUCACUGUCCACAACCCCCCAAACUAUGCUCCUACCUUUUUUAGGAGAGGCCUCGCUGCUAAAGUGGAGACAGAGAUUGCUCUUAGGGAGGCUGCGACUGAUGAGCUGGGGAAGUUAGUGCGAGUCCGAGGCAUGAUCACAUUGGGGGUGGGGGUUGGAUUGCAGCUUACGGUGAGGGAUGUGUUGGUCGAACGCGAUCCCAAUAUGGAGACACUGUACUGGAUGGAUUGCAUCCGCUUGGCGGAGAGUUGUUAUGAUCAUGCAGCAUGUCCCUAA